UGCAUGCAGAACAAGAAAACCUUUGUAGAGGGUUUUUUCAGGGCUGGCCAGUGGUUUGCAGUCAUACUUGCCUGUACUGUGGCCUGGAUAACCCCGCAGCUAAGCCGUGUGAUGGCAGAACAACACUUGGAUGGGAAGCCUUCAAAGGAGUCCUAUGUUCUGCAAGAAGUGCAGCUAGUGAUUGAGCUGGAAGGGCUUUUCAGUAACAAAUCUGUUUCCUGGGACAGGGCUGCUGUCAACCCUGUGAUUCUUCUUGUUGGAAGUGAACAAAGGUGCAAAGCCUUUAUGCAAGAGCUGAAGGUGAUAAUCCCGAUCUCCUGGCCACAGUCCAUUUGGGGUGACACAAGACAGCUGAAACAAGCAACCCCGAGACCACGCUGCGCUGCCGUUCCCAUCUGCUUCAGCCCUACACCAAGGCAUUCAAGCUGCAGUGCUGGUGGAUUAUGACCGCAGGGGAGCUGUGUUGCAUCUGCAAAUCUCUGCUGUGCAUCAAGGACACAUCUGAGCAGAGCCACUGUGGACACUGAAGAGCUGGAGAGGGCAGUGCAGAGGUUCGGAGGCACACCGUGAUGGUGGGAGCCAUUCCACGGCAGCCACGCCGCUUCUGGGGGGUGCCAGGCUGGCAGGUGUCUUCAGCCAGUUGUGCCAACGACCGCCCACUGCAGGACAGGGAGGUUCAUCCGGAGCGGAGCAGGGCUUUGCUGCAGAGAGACAGAACUUCCUCUGCUCCACUUUGUGCCCAUUGCCUCUUGUCCUGUUACUGGGAAGAGCCUGGCUCUGUCUUCUUUGCACCCCACCACCAGAUGCUGCACUGCAGAGCGUCCUGUAGCAGAGGGCUCACCCGGACGUCCUGAGCAAGGGGGUCCCUCUCCCACACACUGGUCUGUGGCACUUUACAGUCCCCCUCCUGCUGCUGCAUGGGCUGUUCUGACUCCAGCUCCACUCGGAGUCCAGGCAAGUAAGGCUCCAUGAGGCACAUCCACACAGAGACCUCCCUGCCCCCGGAGCACGGCACGGAUCCCAGCCUGUCCCCGCCCGGUGGAGAGGGGUCCUUGGAGCCCCCCUCGCAGCAGUGCACCCACCGCAGCAUCCUCAUGGGCUACAAUGAGACAGAGAUCAAGCGCCAGAAGGUUUACCAGGUCUCCAUCUUCUCCCAUCUCUCCAGCUCCCCUGAGAGCACGGAGCAGCGGGCAGGCAGCCGGCCAGCCAUCAAGAGGGGUUACCCUGAGCAGCGAAUUCCCGAGGGGGGACGAGAUCCCAAACGAACUCCCUGGGGUGGUGGAGGGGUGACCAGCAAACGUGAUGGGGGCCCUGGGCAGGCUCCCCUGGAUGAUGACAAUACCUUUGAAGAUGGCCUGCUGGUGGAGGAGCUGUCCCUGUGCGGCUCUGCCCAGCACUUCUCCCACAGCGGGCUGCGGGUGGUGGAGCACCGGUGUGAGGGCAGCCCAAGCCACAGCCCCAAGGCCAGCAGGGAGCACAAGUCGCAGGAUGUGUCCUUCUCCCCCUGGCCCCAGCACAUUGCUUGCAGUACUUUGCACAAGAGAGAUAGUUGUACUGUCUCGUCGGGGGAUCAGCCUACAGACUAUGGAGAGAAUGGGGAACGGGCAAGUGGCCACAACUUACUUCACCUUGAUUUGCACAGUAUUGCACAAACAGCCCAGUUGGACUCUAGUGAGAAGAGAGAUAAGCCAGGGAGCAGCCCAGCUUACAGCAGUGGGGCUAGUGGAGAAGAGGAAGGGCCAGUGGUGGCCAGCAGGGGCAAUGAGCCACUGCAGACAGUGCUCAGCCCUGAGCCCAGCAACCUGAGCUCCCUGGAGAAAACUCCCUGCGGGAACAACCAGCUCAGUGCUGGCAGCAGCUGCCCAGCCAAAAGGAAGCUGCUGCCUGCUGGUGAGGGUGUGGCUGACUCCUGCUCUGAGGAUGAGGGCCUGUCCCCUCCAGCAAGGAAGAAGAGGGUCCUGCCAUGCCAUCCAGUGCCCACGUCCUGCCGCAGCACCGAUGCCAAGGGGGCCCCGUUCUGGAACCACCUGCUUCCCAUGGCCAAGAGCUCUGCGGACUGCACUGUGGUCGGGAGGAGGCUCAAGAGUGGUCUGCGCCUGAAAUCGCGACAUCUCCGGAGCGGCCUCCGGAGGGGUACCAGGUCCUCUGCAGCACCCUGGGCCACCACCACCAUCAGCCAUGCUCUGCUGGGCAACUUUGAGGAGUCCAUUCUGAAAGGGCGCUUUGCGCCGUCGGGAAGGAUCGAGGGCUUCACGGCAGAGAUCGGCGCCAGCGGCUCCUACUGCCCCCAGCACGUCACCCUGCCCGUGGAUGUCACCUACUUCGACAUCUCGGAGCACAGCGCGCCCUCGCCUUUCCUGGGAGUAAUUGACUUGGAGGCCUUGGGAAAGAAGGGUUACAGUGUGCCCAAAGCUGGAACCAUCCAAGUGACCUUAUUUAACCCCAACAAGACUGUGGUGAAGAUGUUUUUGGUGACAUACGACUUCCAGGACAUGCCAGCCAACCACAUGACCUUCCUACGCCAUCGCAUCUUCCUGGUGCCUGUCGGGGAGGGGGAAGGGGCCACCACGGGCCUCAGCGACCUGCUGGGGACUGGCCCGCCCCGCAGGGUCCUCUGCUACCUGAUGCACCUAAGGUUCCACAGCUCCAAGUCGGGGAAGAUCUACCUUCACAACGACAUCCGGCUGCUCUUCUCACGGAAGUCCAUUGAGGUUGACUCGGGGAUCCCUUAUGAACUGAAAUCCUUCACGGAGAUGCCAAGGAACCCCUGCUACUCACCCCGGGCCUGACCACCCCCCCAAGGCCACAGGGGAGCCUCCAGCCCAGCACUUUGGGGAUUAAUGAGGAAAGGGUCAGCAAGCAAGCACUGCCUUGGAAUAUUGUCCUUCCUGUCCUGAGCAGCACAGAUGCUGUGCCCGUGCCCUGCCACAGGGCUGGGAGCACUGACUGGAGGCUUCAGCAGGAGGGACAGGGGAUCGGGAGCAGCCCUGGUGUUCCAGGGAUGUGCCCAAGCCUUGGCAGUGCUGCUUCCAGAUUGGAGAAUUGGCUGGAGCCAGGGGAAGGGAGA